AUGGCUCCGCCGACCGCGACCGCCACUACGACUGGCACUGCGACGUACAAAGAGGGCCUGAGGGAAGAGGUUGUUAGGAUGGACGCGACGCAGCGUGAGGAUGAGGGGGAGAUGGAGUGCCAGUUGGCGAGUCUCAGCCGGGGGCCGAAUCCCCUCACGGGAAUCCCCACGUUCCCGUCCUUCCAGGAGCACCGCAGGCACAUCGUCGUGCACAUGGCGGCCGUCUUCCGCAACUGGGCGCGUAACGGCUACACCGAGGGCAUCUCGGGCCAUAUCAGCGUCCGCGACCCCGAGUUCCCGGACCUCAUCUGGAUGAACCCCAUCGGGAAGCACUUUGCCCUCAUGAACGGCAGCGACAUGCUGUGCCUGCGCAUCAGCGACGGCGAGGUCGUCGGCGGCAACAGGACUCGGCCCGCCAACAAUCCGGGCUACUACAUCCACUCCGAGGUGCACAAGGCGCGGCACGACAUCCACGCCAUCUGCCACGCGCACACCAUCGCGGGCCGCGCGUGGGCCGCCUUCGGCAAGCCGCUGGACAUGAUCACGCAGGACAUAUGCGACCUGUACGGGGUGCUGGCCGUGGACGACGAGUACGGGGGUAUCGUGACGGCGGAGCAGGAGGGGCGGCAGAUUGCGCGCGCGCUGGGCCCGCGCGGCAAGGCGGCCAUCCUGCUCAACCACGGGCUCAUCAGCGUCGGGCACACGGUCGACGAGGCGAGCUUCCUGUUUGGCCUCGUGGACCGCAGCUGCGAGAUCCAGCUGCGCGUCGAGGCCGCCUGCGCGGGGAACCCGGCCCUCAAGAAGAACAUCAUCCCGCACGAGCUGGCCAUGGCCAACUACAAGAUGGCGGGCGAGAAGAACUGGCUCUACGAGGAGGCCCAGCCGGAUAUCCAGUAUGAGAUUGAGCUGGCGGGGGAUGUUAUCCAGGCUGGGCUCGACGACAUCAAGGUCGAUGUGUGA